AUGGAUCAAAUGAAAACUCUUUCCGUUUCUUCAAUUCCUAUUCCACUUAUAACAUCAUCAAGACUUGUAUCAAUUGUAUCCUAUUUAGGUGAAUAUGAAAUCGUAGAUACAACAAUAAAAACUGAUAUUAUUAAUGAACAAUAUUCAUCUUCAUCAAUAAACGAAAUAAUAAAAAAUGAUCAUCCAUGGUUUCAAUCAAAAUCUAAUAAUAAAAAUGAUCAAUCACGAGAUAUAUCUACUUCUACACCUUCAAAUGAUGGUGGUAUUCGUUUUGCAAAUACAUCAAGAGGACCACCAACAACAUCUUCGAUGUAA